AACCGCCCGGCCGCCCUGGCAUUCACUCUCCUCCAUUCUUUCCCUGCAACCCUCGAUUUCUCACCCCCACGGCGACUUCUGUUCUUCUCCUUCUUUUCGUCCUCUCCCUUGGGCACCGCCUUCAUUCCCUUUCGUGGUUUUCAUCCACGACUGCAUUCUUGCGGCCUGGUUGCUCGUCGCCCUUCUUUUAUCGACCUGCACAGGCUGUAGUCUGUUGCCCUUCGUUAUCCCUCCUUCUCUCGUCCUCGAGUAGGACAUAGCACAUUCUUUGAACGCGGCGAGAGCGCGCCUUCGUGGCAGUGGCCCCUUUGCGCGUCUCUAUCGAUACUGCUUAACACAUUCACAGGUCGCCUUCGACAGAUUCACUACUACACAUCACCACAGUCGUCGUACGACAACGCGAUACAGCGUUCCCAGAUAGAUCCAUCAUGGUCCACGGUCAUAGCCAUCAUGGCCAUGCUGCCCACAAGAGGCGGGGUUUGAUUGACAAUAUCCUGAACGGCUUCGGCGGCAGCGACGAUGGUGACGCAACUGAGAACAAUAUCAAUGACACUGGCGACAAUGAAUACGACAGCAGAAAGGCCCCUAAAGUUGUCUAUGUAACGAUGCCUGCAACUUUCGACGGCCCGAUCGGCGGAUAUAAGACGAUGGAUAACAGCGAUUCGGGAGAUUCAGGAGCUGGAGCGGCCGUGGGAGUUGGUGCUCCUGUUCAGCAGACGGCUGGAUCUGAACAGGCGACCAGCGCAGCGGCCGGAGUAGGAGGUGCCGUAGGAGUUGGAGCUCCUGUUCAGCAGACACGCACAACAGAACGUACGGAACCCGCGUCAAAGGCCACGGAAGAAGCAACUCACUCGGCGAAAGAAUCGAACAAGGCUCCAACUGCAAUCGAGCCAUCGACUGCGACUGCUACCGCAGAUCAAAUUACUGCUAUCACCCACGCGGGUUCGAGGACGUCUGCGGUUCAAACCACUCUGCAAACUGCUGUGGCUACGGCUGCGACCGCUGCUACUGCUGCAUCAUCCUUGACCAAUGCUGCAGCAGGUAUCAACCAGGCUGCUGCUACAGCUUCCUCAGCUGCUUCUACUUCAACUAGCACCAAAGACUCGAGCUCUCAGGGCAUGUCAGCCGGGGCAAAGGCAGGAUUGGCUAUUGGCAUCAUCGCUGGUGUCAUAAUGAUCGCCAGUCUGCUUCUCUUCUGGCUUCAUAAGAAGAAGCAACACCAGAAGAUGCUUGCGGAGGAUGACGAGAAGUCCUUCGCAGCCCCUGCACCCCCUGCGCCUAGUGAAAAGCCAGUACCUGCUCCGCCUCCACCAAUGGUGCAGUCGACGACACCUUCGAAGCCUCCUCAGCUCAAUGUCCGCCCUAUCACACAGUUUGCGCCCGAUCUCAAUAUGGAAAGCAAUCCCGGUAACGCAAAUCCUGCUGCUGCUGCUGCUGCCGCUACUGCCGCUACUGGUGCUGUUGCAAAUGGCAUGGUAUCACGCAAUCUUACCGGUAACUCUGUCAGCCCGCCGACUCCUCCAAAGUCUAGUGGAAGCCCCCAGAAUCCUUUCAGCGACCCCGUCAAUCCCUUCGGAAACCAUGCGGCGAUGCCUAGUCCUCCAGCCUCCUCUGCUGCGAGUGACGCUUCUGAGAUCAGCAGCGCAGACAUGCCUAUUCGCGACUCAGGCGUCCUGCCUGGAGGUGCUGCGAUUGGCGAAACUGCAGCUGGUGCUGCGAUUGGAAUUGCUGUGGGAGAAGCCGUCAGUUCCGCCCAAGAACGAAAGGAUCAGCCUCCCAACGGUCAUAAAUUUGAAACGAGACCAGCAUCCCCAGCUCCCACAGGUCCCUUACCGCCCAGCCCGGCAGGCUCUGUCAGUGCAGGUGCGGUUGCGGCUACUGGUGCGCCUGUUCCUGGCGGACCUCCCCCAAGUAACGUCCACCGCGUCCAACUGGAUUUCAACCCUUCAAUGGACGAUGAGCUCGAACUCAAGGCUGGCCAGCUUGUCAGGCUUCUUCACGAGUAUGAUGAUGGCUGGGCUCUCUGCAUUCGUAUGGACCGUUCUCAACAAGGUGUUGCUCCUCGAACCUGUCUCUCUGCUCGCCCGGUCAAACCUCGGUCUCGCCCAUCUGGCAGUGGGCCCGCUCUUCGUGGCCCUCCUCCGAUGACGGGCCCUAAUGGGCGCCCGAUGUCCCCAGCUGGAGGUCCUGGGCGUCCGGCACAGUCCCCUCGUUUCUAUCCCCAGGGUGGUCGUUCCAUGUCCCCCGCAGGCCCAGCACAUGCUGGACCCCCUCGUCCGCCGCCCCAGGGCCGACCUAUGUCUCCUGCUCAAUUCCCAGUCUCGCGUUCUAUGUCUCCCGGACCAGGAUUUAGACCUCCUCCCCAGAGAUCUAUGAGCCCGGGACCUUACGGGCCACCUGGUCUGCAGAAGCCGUCCGCGCCGGUCAGCCAGCGGAGACGUAGCAACAGCGCCAGCGGAAUUGUUGGAAACUACUCUCGCAAUGGUCCUCCAGCGCCGAGUCCCCUAGCUGGACUCCCUCCGAGAUCCCAAACAUCAGAUCUAGGAGCGAAUCGUGGGCCUAUCGAGAGGAAGCUAGUCCCGGGCCAAGCACUGUAGUUGAUCUAGCAAUAUGCCAUGAUCAACGUGCUAUUGACGACUUCCGUCAACUUAACGCCCACCCUGAAUGAAAUUCGAUAUUGUUCUUCGUCCGCGACGAAUUGCCAUGGAA